AUGGAGGACAAAUCUGGUCACGGGGGCACACAGCUGCCUAAUCAACCUUCUAGUCUUACGCCACGUCAUUUAAAUCCACGGAAUCAUCGUCGGCAAAGAGAACCGGAUGCAAACCAGUCAAAUCAACGUCGUCGGAUACAUGGGACAUCUGCAAACAACAACAACAACAGCCGAGGAAAUCAAAACCAAGAAAGGCGUUACACGGUCGCAAUUAGUCCUUUUGGCAAUCAUGUGCAAUUCCAAAUUGAUAAUGAAGGUAGGACAAUAACAGUUCACCUAGAUGCAGAAGUGCGUCGCUUGUUGAACGCUGGGCGUACAAGUACAGAUGACCUAGAUGGCAUGAGUUAUGAGGGAUUAAUGGAGUUGGAAGAAAGUAUUGGCAUAGUAGAAAGAGGGUUACCAAAAGAAACUAUCUCAAGUCAUCUGAAAUCAAGAGUUCGUACCACAUCGGCAGAGGAGGAGACUGAAAUUUGCACCAUAUGUCAAGAUGUAUAUGAGAACAAGGAUAAGAUUGGAACUCUCGAUUGCCAACAUGAAUACCAUGAGAACUGCAUUACACAAUGGUUGGUACAGAUGAACGCUUGCCCUAUCUGCAAAAGACAAGGUCUGAAAACCAUGGAAGAAAACAUGACAAAAGUGAAAGAAUGCUAG